GAGCAGCGCCGAAUUCAUGCCGCCGGUCGUCAGUGCUAUGGAACUGGAAGUGAAACGCGACAAGCGCCGUUGGCUGUUGAUUUCGGAGCUGAGUUCCAUCUUCGGCGAGGAAAAGCACACCGUCGAUGGAUUCAAGCGGAUCUUCCGUGAACAGGCUUUUCUGCAGAACCUGUUCCGGUUGUUUGAUAUGGACAACGAAAAUAGCCUCGAGCAGGAUAAAUGGAUCGAACAUCUUAAAGGGAGACUGACGGACGAGAAACAGAUUGACUUUGCCGAACAGAUAGAAUCGGUAGCGUACGUGCUUUGCGGCGAAGGAACCGUGUCCUAUGAAAAGUUCUGCCAAAUAUGGCACGCCAAAGGGAUCUUGGACAAACUCUAUCGGCUCAUCGACGUCGACUCAACCAACCUGCUCUCGACCAAUCAAAUUAUGGAAUUCAUCUCAAACCUCACCAACUCCCGGCCCCGAACCGGUUUUGACAAAUCAUCCCUGGAGCGUCUAGAGCAACUCUUCGUCAAAACUGUCGGCAACGAGAAAGAAAUACGACGAGAAGAAUUCAAGAAAAUUGUCACAUCCAAAAAUCCCUUCUUUACGGAGCGUGUCUUCCAGAUCUUCGAUAAGGACAACUCCGGGUCCAUUUCACUGCAAGAGUUUAUCGAUGCCAUUCAUCAGUUCGCGGGGCAGUCUCCAGAGGAUAAAAUUAAAUUUUUAUUCAAAGUAUACGAUUUGGAUGGUGACGGUCUGAUACAGCACCUAGAACUGCAACAUGUGAUGCGGGCCUGCAUGGAAGAGAACGGGAUGCAAUUCUCCGAGGAUCAGAUCGAGGACCUAACGAUGGCAAUGUUCGAAGACGCCGACAAGUUCAACCGAGGGGCCAUCACCUAUGAGGCGCUCAAAAAUCAGCUGGAAAAGCACGGGGGACUGCUGGAGAAUUUGAGCAUAAGCAUCGAUCGGUGGCUCGUCCCACUGCCCCAGGAGGACAGCACUAGGAAAAAGCACAAGAAGAAACCGCUACCCCACCAGCUGACGGCGCCGUACAUUAAGAACAAUUACGUCUACCUUUCGUUUCUGUCGGUCUUCAUCCUGAUCAACGUGGGCCUGUUCAUAUCGCGUGCGAUCCAGUACCGCAAGAGCAAUGGAUUUGUCAUACUGGCGCGAGCUUGUGGACAAUGUCUCAACUUCAACUGUGCCUUCAUCCUGGUGCUGAUGCUGCGACAGUGUAUCACGUUUCUCCGGACCCGAGGCUUUACCGCGUUCCUCCCGCUGGACCAGCACAUCUAUCUGCACAAACUGACCGGAAUGCUGGUGGCCGCCUACAGUCUGCUGCACACCAUCAUGCAUCUGUUUAAUUUCACGACGAUCGUCGUCAACGAUCCGGUGGUCAACGCGAAGAACUUCACCACCGCCGAAUGGCUCUUCACGGCCCGGCCCGGUCUGUUCGGCCUGGUCGGUGGUUGCGCUAAUCCAACCGGACUCGCACUGUUCUUCAUCCUGCUGGUGAUGUUCAUCUGCUCGCAGCCGUUCGUCCGACGUGGAGGCAGCUUCGAAGUUUUCUACUGGACCCAUCUGCUGUACAUUCCGUUCUGGAUUCUGGUCAUCUUCCACGGGCCUAACUUCUGGAAGUGGUUCAUCGUGCCGGGAUUUAUCUACGUGGUUGAGCGCACCGUUAGAUUAGUUUGGAUGCGAACAGAGCAUGGCAAGACGUACAUCUCUUCCGGAUUGCUGCUACCGUCCAAGGUUACGCACUUGGUCAUCAAACGGCCGUUCCAUUUCUGCUUCCGACCGGGCGAUUAUGUGUUCGUAAACAUCCCAGCCAUUGCCAAGUACGAGUGGCAUCCAUUUACGCUGAGUAGCGCACCCGAACAGGAGGACUACAUCUGGCUGCACAUCCGAGGUGUCGGCGAGUGGACCAAUCGGCUGCAUUGCUUCUUCGAACGCGAACAGGAGCGACUACACAGUGGUGAGAUUCCAGCGGUCAUUGCCGGCUGUUCGACAGCACCAAGUUCUUCGUCCAGCAGCGAAGUGGUUCAGGAGAAGCCCAAAGAAGUUCCGCUGAAGUUUUCUGCGGGACUACCGAAGAGUGCGAGCGUGGAGUCUCCGUUGGCGAAGAGUAAGGAGCAGACGUUUGAUAAACCCUUGGUUAACAAACGAAUGCCUCCGGGAACUUCCAAAUUGGCUAUGGAGAGCUACACAGCGCCACCGCCGAGUGCUCCACCCAAGUUCGACAGGCAGCUAUCGGAGAAUAAGGCCAUCAAAAAGAUUCAGGCUACGCUGCAACGAACAUUCUCCAGGAAGGAUCAAUUACGCGGCAGUGGAGUUUCUAACGAAGGCUUCACUGGAGAUGACGGAUUGGAAGAACCGAAACGCAAGGUCACGCCGGAGCACAAUCUUCACAAGCUGCUGUUCCAACAGAAGGUCCCACUGGAGAAGUCACUGUCUAUGCCCGAUAUGCAGAACAAGGUCAAGAAACGAGAGCGAAUGAUGGUACUCCGCGAAUACAUGCGUUCCGAAUCCGAGCGAUCCUUCGACGAAGUUCAGAUUCGCAAAGCUCGUCUCCAGUCGCUGGGUCUUGCCUACCUUAGCCCGCAGAACAAAUCCCUGGCCCAAAGCUUCCGUUAUAUGCGAAAUAAGCCCACCAUCAUUGCCUUCAAGACUCCCAGCCUUGAGAACUGUGAACCACGGGACUCUACCAAUUCAAUGGUCGUAUCCCCUGGAGUUUUCACCGAGAAGGAAGCUGAAGAGGGCAAGAUCGUCCAUAGCAGCGGACUCCACAAACCAGGAGCCACCGACGAAGAUAAACUUCAGCGACCAGUUAACUAUCCGGUGGGCAAACCUUUGGAAAUCUACAUCGACGGUCCGUAUGGAGCCCCAUCAAGUCACAUCUUCCAAGCGCAGCACGCCAUCCUUAUAGCAACCGGCAUCGGUGUAACGCCAUUCGCAUCGAUCCUGCAGUCCAUUAUGCAUCGCUACUGGAAGGCUCGCCAUUGCUGUCCACGAUGCAACUAUGAAUGGUCCAGCGAGAUCCCGCCAACGAUCAUGAACCUCCGGAAGGUGGACUUUUUCUGGAUCAACCGGGAUCAACGUUCGUUCGAGUGGUUCGUGAACCUGCUGUCACAGCUGGAAAUCGAACAAGCCGAACUGGGAGGAGCUAUGGAACGGUUCCUCGAGAUGCACAUGUACAUCACCAGUGCCCUUCAGAAAUCCGACAUGAAGGCCGUCGGACUGCAGCUUGCGUUGGAUUUACUCCAUCAAAAGGAAAAGCGCGAUCUCAUUACAGGGCUAAAGACGCGCACCAACGCUGGCCGACCGAACUGGGACAAAGUGUUCAAACAGAUCCAGGACCAGAAGAAGGGCAAAGUGACCGUAUUCUACUGCGGACCGCCACAGUUGGCCAAAACCUUGCGCUACAAGUGCGACCAGUUCGGUUUUCAGUUCCGCAAGGAGGUCUUCUAGAAGACACCACCGUCGAGCGAAAACACGUUCUGGAGUGUUGAUUUGAAUUUGAAUAUUUUUAAUUAAUUGUAUGCCUUAAUGUUAUUUAAAUUUGUUUUCCGUACUCUGUAAAUUAUUGACCUUUGUAUUCGUUAAUCUAAUUCCAGCACUGUCAUUGUAAUAAACUCAUUUAAUUUAUUGAUGAACUCGAUUCUUCCAUGCAAAUAAAAUCAACUUCAAUCUU